AGACGAAGAAGAAACGCGCAGCGGCCACAUGUGAUGUUCAGAGAGGCAGAAAAACAUGGUGGAGAAGAGUGACAUCCGCGUGGUUCGCUGCGGUGGCAGCAAAAUAAACCUUAGACCUUCGAUCUUCUCCGUUGACUCCAGGUUUGUGCUGUGCGCCUCUGGAGAUUCAGUGAAGGUCUACAGCACACGCACAGAAGAAUGGCUCCAUAGUCUACAGGGCCACACCAACCAAGUGACAGGCAUCGCCUUGAAUCCUACCAAUCACCUGCAGGUUUACUCUUGCUCAGCAGAUGGCACUGUUAAAUUAUGGGACUUCAUUGAUGGCAUCCUCAUCAAGACAUUUGUCAUUGGAUACCCUUUGUUUGCAAUAUGUUUGUCCGAGAAACAUGAGGGAAUCGUUUUUCUUCAUCUUUCCAUGGCUACAGGUUCCAAAAAUGAGACUUUCCAGUUGGUUGCUGUACAUCUGCCCAAGUCAGCAGAGCAGGAGGUGGAGGCCAAAGAGCUGUCUGCUGUUUGCAGUAAUAUCAGCUCCAACCCCAGCUGCACGGCCUUUGGUAGAGGGGGGGAGUUUAUAGCCUUUGCCAGGCAUCUGCAACUUAAUGUUUAUUUCUUCAGGAAGCAGAAGACAUACAGUUUUUCUCUAAAAGCUACAGAUAAGAAAGGAGCCAAAAAUGCAUUCACUUGCGUAGCCUGUCACCCAACAGACGACUGCAUUGCCACCGGUCAUGAAGACGGAAAGAUUCGCCUCUGGAGAAACUUCGAUCAAAAGAAAGAGUACACAUAUUCCACCCAGCACUGGCAUCACAAUGCUGUGAACACUUUGUGUUUUACUCCUGAAGGCACUCAUUUGCUGAGUGGAGGCAUUGAGUCAGUGCUUGUCCAGUGGAAGUAUGGGGCAGGCAACAAAAAAGAGUUCCUGCCCCGUCUCGGUGGAGCUAUUUUACAUAUAUCAGCAUCAUCUGAUGGGCAGUUGUUUUGCACCUCUCAUUCAGACAACAAGCUCACAGUUAUCGAGAGCAGCUUCAAAGUGUGUGGGGCGAUUCAGGGUUUAGUCAAAGGAGAUGAUGUUCUGACCGAUCUAAUGAUUGACCCGCGCAGUAAAGCUUUAGUGCUGAAUGGGAAACCUGGUCAUCUGCAGUUCUACUCCCUUCUGCGUGACAAGCAUCUCUACGAUCUGGACAUAGUGCAGCAAGAAUAUAUUUAUGAAGCCGGUCUGGAUCAGUUUGAAGUGGUGAAGGCUGCUUUUGACAUAAAGGGGUCCUGGCUUGCUACAGUGGAGGAAAGGGGACAAAAGUCCUCCGAUUUAGAAUUUUUCCUCAAACUGUGGGCUUUCGAUGAAAAAACGCAAAGUUUUGUGCUGAACACUACCAUCACUGCCGCCCACACGGAUCGGAUUAUAUCCAUGUGCUUCAGCUCUUCUGAGGAGACCACCAUGCUGGUGACCACAGCAGAAGACGGCCAGUUCAAAGCAUGGUGUCAGGGUGCUGACGCAGACACACAACAGGACCAGAACUUCUGGUCAUGUGAUUUUGUGGGCAGCUACCAUAACCUAAAGCCCACAAACUGCAGUUUCUCAGCCGAUAGCUCUCUCCUGGCAGUCAGCUUCCAAGAAGUCAUUACCAUAUGGAGCCCGGAAACCUGGGAGAUGCUCACCACUCUCUGCCAACCACCUGGAGAAAUAAGGGACCUUUGUUUCGGCCGAUUAAGCUGCUCCAAAUACUUGCUUGGCACGACCACCAGAAACCUGCUCUGCUGCUGGAAUCUCCUCACUUGUGCAUUGGAGUGGAGCACAUCUGUGGAAGUUUCCAAACUGCAGCCGGACCCCUUGUCAGAAAAUGUGGCUGCCUUUUCAUACCAGUCUAAACAUACAGACCUGUUUGUUUUCAAGCCCAGCGAGCCGCGGCCUCUGUUCACCCAAAAGAACGUGUGUUCAGAGAAAGUACACCGUGCUGUCUUUGUUCCUCGAGAGGAGCCGUUAAACAAUUGUGAUGAAAGUUCUCAGUGGCUCAACAGAUCUCAACUGUACUUCCUCACACAAAACAUGGAUUUAUUGACCUUCAGCACAGCAACAGAGGAGGACAGAAUGUUGUCUUCAAGUAAACGGCUUGUCAUUGAUGACAGCGUUUCUGUAACACCAUUUUACCUGCUGCUGGGAAAACACAGACAACAGCAGCAGAAACUCAACUCAACACCGUCCUAUUCAGGGGCUGACAAACCCCAACACACACAGGGCUCUGCUACCAUCAAAGAAUUGUUACACACACCAGCUCAUGUUCUACCUGCUGCAUCAGUCCUGUGCUCGAUGUUUGUCAAUUCCCUCCUGAUCUCCAACACUGGAGUCCGAGAGGAAAUGGAAUCUUCAGAGCAGGAAAUGGACAGUGAGAAAGAGGAAGGGGACUCUGAGGAGGAAAUGGAGGCAUGUGAUAGUCAGCAGGAGCUCAGAGCCCAGGGUUCAGUAGAUGAGGUGAUGCCGAAGCUCUCUAAAGCGCAGGAGAAGGAACUGAAAAGGGUCAGAAAAACUGACUUUAGCUGGAUGGCUGGCCUUAUUGACUCCAAACCAUGAUGAAGCAAUCUCACAAUCCUGUUAUUGUGGGGGUUUUUAUAUAUAUAAAUAUUGCUUCAGAUCCAGACCAGUGGUUGGUUAGCCUUUUUUCUUUUUUUUUUGGACUGCAGCAGCACAUUAGUGGUUUGAUAAAUGAUUCUUUUUGGAACAACAAGGACGACAAUGCGAUUUUGUAACUCAGAAUGUUAUUAUAAUGUUCAUCCAGUUUCAACAAUAAUUUAAAAAGAACAUUUUGAACAAUGUACUGUGAUGGUGAAUUUAUUUCAACAUGUUUGUGCAUUUUAAUGAUGAAUUUAACUUUCCAGAGUUUCGGUGUGGCAGCGACAAAAGCUUGGUUUCCUCGCGGUUUCAGAAAUGUAUACGGAGCUAAUCUAGCUUUAAAAACCAGCAACAAGAUUUUAAAAUCAAUUCUGUAAUGAAUUGGAUGAUAUUUAAGUUGGAGGAGAAAACGAGAUGGAAGUUUUUCGCCCUACCCUAUCUUUUUGAUCCGAAGUACACAGACGAAGAACUAACCACACAUGACCUUUCCAACGUGACUAUGUAAUGUGUGGACAUGCGUCGCAGAGCUAGUAUAUUCAUUUUAUUUUUUUUUUUGAAAAUGACCAAUCAAAAAUACACACCCAAAUUGUUAAACUAGUGGUUUUACACAUGAAGACAAAUGGCUAACAUUUAAACCAGGGAGCAGCUUCUGAAAGGUCCAAAAACUAAAAUCUCAGUUUUGCCUUCAUUUAGGUCAGAAAGUUUAGGGACAUCCAGGCCUUAACAUUCGCUAGACUAGUCAACAGAGGAUUCAAACCCAUGUUAUUAGAUCCCAUGGGAAAAUGUAUUUCGGUAUCAUCUACGUAACAAUGGAAGGAGAUAGCGUGUUUCUUAAAGAUUGAUCCCAGGUGGAGCAUAUACAUGGAGAAUAAGAUCAGACCUAGACUAGAGCCUUGAGGGACACCACAUGUAAAAGAAGUUGCAUCUGAAGUAAAUUGACCAACACUAACAGAGAACCUUCUAUUAUUAAAAUAGGAUUUUGAGAGCAUUUCCCUGAAUUCAUACAUAAUGGUCAAUUACAUCAAAUGCCACACUUAAAUCUAACGGCAACAAAGUAGCAUACUUGUCAGAAUUGAGAUUCUGUAAAAUAUUUAGAACUUUUACCAGUGCUCUUUCUGUGGAAUGAUUUAUCCUAAAACAUUUCAAAAAUAUUGUUAUUAAGCAGACAGCUCAAUAUUUUCUUAAAAAUGCAUUUACUUGAAAGGCAAAUUGAACAUGUCUUGUUUUCUGAGAAACUGAACAAAAAGAAGAAAUUAAGUGAGUUAAUGAUUGAAGCAAGAUCAAGUAUUUGUCAGAGGGGUAUGAAAACUUGUCUUGUUGAAUUGAGUUGUUUUUUUCCUGAGUGUUUUGGCAGAU